ACGGGAGCCAGAGAGUACAUUGUGGGUCAUUUUCAGAGGACAGAAGAAUAAGACACUCCCAUACUUCUUUUAUCUCACAGCCAGCUGGGUCCUGCAACCACAGCCCUCAUCACCACAGUGAAGGUAGAGACUCAGAGAGAGCUGUGACCCAGCCUCGGAGCACGUCCCUGUAUAUCUCCUCUGAAAGGAAGAACAAUCUGCAGCAAAAAUGGGAUGCUUUGGGUUCCUCAAAGGCAUGAUGGUUCUCUUCAAUGGCAUUAUCUUUUUGGCGGGUGCUGCCAUCCUGGGUGUUGGGAUCUGGGUGAAGGUGGACAGUGGCUCCAUUUUCAGCUUUCUGGGGAAAAUUGAUAACGUUCCACCAGAGCUCAAUCAGGUGCUCAACGUGGGCUACCUGCUGAUUGCAAUAGGAGCACUCCUGCUCAUCAUCGGCUUUCUAGGCUGCUGUGGAGCCAUCAGAGAGAGCCAGUGUAUGCUGCUGAUGUUUUUUAUUAUAGUCUUGGUGGUCUUCAUAGCGGAGGUUGCAGGAGCUGUGGUGAUCUUGGUAUUCAGACCUUUGGCAGACCAGCUGUUAUUCAAGUUGGGCACAGCAGCAGUUGAGAACAUCAGGAAGGACUAUGGGAAAAAUCCUGACACCACAGGACUGUGGAAUACUACCAUGACCACUCUGAAAUGUUGUGGAUUCUACAACUACACAGAUUUCAAGAACUCUUCGUAUUAUGUGAACAACAACAAUCAAUUCCCACCACAGUGCUGUCCGAGCUACAGUAGCCCAUGUAAUGAAACAGUGGCUAACAGUACCACGACAAUCACUGGCUGCUUCCCAAAGAUCAAGAAGCUGAUUGAUGACAACACAGUGGUUAUUGUGGCAGUGGCCCUGGGAAUCGCAGCUCUGGAGAUAUGUGCCAUGGCUGUCUCCCUGAUCCUUUUCUGCAGAAUAAAAUCCAAGAUGGGCUAACAGCGAAUGGCCAUGGCCUUAUAAGGAUCAUUUUAAUCACUGGAGCCUGAAAUUCUACUUCCUGUAUUGCUUCUAGAGGAGUGAAGGGCUAUGCCUUUAUCUUGCAAAAAUGACUCAUGAUUGAAGACAGUUUCAUGUCAGAGCUUGUGCAAUCUCAAUUACUGAAUGACAUAAAUCUAUUUUUACCACAUUGAAGUCUAUGUAAUAGAUGCCGUAUAUGAAUGUACAUUUAUUGUUCUUUUACACUUUGUGAAACAUGCUACACACACUGUCCACUUCACCAGAGAUUGGAACAAAGGCUGGUGUGUUGGACACAGGAACCAAUGUUGUGAAUGUUGUAACCAUGACGCAGCUUGUUAAAUAGCAGAAAUGACACAUUAUUUGUAUGUAUAUUGUAUGGUGAUCAAUUUUGAAAUGAAGUGCAAAGUAUUUCUAGACCGUGGUGAGUUUCUGAGUUGGUUACAUUUUUACAGACCUUUUAAAGGGGAAGGAGAACCUACAGAGAAUAGGUUUUGCCCUAUUCUGUUCUCUCUUUUAUCACGCUUUAACAAGCAAACAGGUUUGACAACAAACAUGUUUGUCUGAAGUAUUGAAGUUUAUUUUCAGCUAUUUUAAACAAUAAGUGGGAUACAUAUUACUGCCACUGUCUGCCAGUUACCUGAAACUAUUAACAGUGGAGUCAUGAGCUCUGAUUACCCAUCAGGAGAUAAAGGAUUUUGUUUAGAUAACAUUUAACAUUUACAUUUACAUGUUUAGCUGAUACUUUUAUCCAAAGCGACUAACAACUGCUAUAUAGGCUAUGUCAGAGGUCACACUCUUUGGAGCAACUUGGGAUUAAGUGUCUUGCUCAGGAAAAACCUUUGCAGAGAAAGCCAAACCCGAGACUCUCACACCAAAGACGUGUUUUAUCCAUCACCACCAAUAUUUUUAUAUACAACUCAUAUUGUAGUUUAUCUGAAUUAGGAUCAAGCUUGUCUUGGCUAAUUAUCUUUAAUAUAAGUAAAAUAGUAGGUAUUAAUGUGUAACUUAGAGCAAAUGCUUUUUACCCUUACUUUUAGAUAAGUGGACUUUUGAAAGCUGUGAAUCCAAAUCCUUGAGUUAGCUAUGAAUCACUUUGGACUCUGGCUUCAUUUGGUGCUUUACAGCCUGGAAAGAAACUUCCUCAUGCUGGGGGGAUGCUUGUGAUCUUUGGGCAGGAUAAUAUAAGUACAGCACACUAGUUAAAAUGUCUGACUAAGGCUGUCAUACUUUGGGAUUAGCCCAGCAGGUGUCAUUUUAAUGAUUUUAAUCAAAGGCUUUCCAUCAGUGCAAAGCUUGGUGGAAGACUUUUCAGUGGCGAAUUUACCACCCAUCAUUCAUUAUACUGCAGCCAUGUGCCUUCCAGUAGGCGGCUGUUGAGUUAACAUUAUCAAGGCACAAAGAAGACCGUGCAGUCUGCAUAGAUGAGCCAAGCUGCACUGUCAUAAUAAAUAUCAAAUUUAGAUGAAUUCUUCUUGUAACGUCUAACAUGUCAUAGUCGGCAUGACAUCUAGCUAUUGUAUGUGCAUUAAGCUGUUUGUCUUCAAUUUGACGUUCCUUGACUCGCAAAGUAACAUUCUUGUAUCCACAGAAACACUAGAUCAUAUCAUUUUAAGAUGAUUACAGUAAAAAUCCUAUAAUUGAUUGAUUUGGGUGAUUCUUCAAUCAAACUAGAAAAAUAAGAAUGUGGUAGAUUAUAUUGC